AUGACUGAUCAUUGUCCAUUAUGCUAUAUAAUGCAAAAGACAAUUAAAAAUGCUAGAGUAAAUCGAUUAACGCAUUUGAUUCAGGAAUAUAAUAUUGAUAAAGUUGUUCAUAUUCGAGGUCGUUACAAUUGUUUACCUGAUUACCUUUCUGGGUAUUCUAAAGAACAAGAUGAUGAGUUGAAUGACAUUGAAUAUGGCUUAGGUAGUAAAAAUCUUUCAUUAUUAUCUUCAUUAAGAUCUUAUGAUAAGAAAUUCAAACUUUAUUCAAGAGAAUCCUCGGAUAAUCAGAAUGUUUUAGCUACUAUGACUUUAAGACCACGUAAAAAUCAAACUAAAAUUUCUAAUGAUACUAGCCAUGCUGUUACCAACACCGAUUCUCAUCAAGAAUUCGAUAUAGUGUCUCAUAAACAAGAUAUAAAAAAGAGAAAAGUAACAUCAAAUAUUUCACAGAAUUAUUUCGAUACAACAAAGUUGAAAAUUGCACAGAAACAAGAUCCUGAUAUACAAAAAAUAGUUAGAAAUUUCAACUUAAAAUCUAAUCGACUUUCAUUUGUAUUAAAAGAUGAUAUAGUUUAUAAAUUAAUUAAGUUAAAUAAACCUUCUACAAAACAAAUUGAAGUUAUCUAUUUACCUUCUUCUAUGAUAAAUUCAUUGUUAUCAGCGUGCCACGAUGAUCCGAUGUCAGGUGCUCACUUUUCUACAGACCAAAUAUAUUAUAAGGUUCGCAAUCAUUUUUGGUGGCCGCGCAUGAAGAGCACCAUCGAACGUUACGUAAAAGCUUGUCGUUUGUGUAAACAAUUUAAUAUAAGUCGUCAUAAAAGAUCUAGUCACUUACGUUCUAUAUCACCACCCGAUGGACCGUUUGCUUUAAUAGGCAUGGACUACUGCGGACCUUUGCCAAGAACUCCUCGUGAGAAUCAAUAUGUCCUUGUCAUAACUGACUAUUGUACUCGAUAUGUAACAGCAAUUGCGCUCCCAAAUUGUACAGCAGAAACUACAGCACAAGCUUUUUUUAAUGAGUAUAUCUGUAAAUAUGGUAUACCAUCUGUUAUACUAAGUGAUCGAGGAUCACAUUUCCAAAACAAAUUAAUGGAAAAUUCACAGAAACUCAUCGGAUAUAACCAUAUCUAUAGUACACCUUACCAUCCCCAAUCAAACGGAGUUGUCGAGCGUUUUAACGCUACUUUUGUAACUCAAAUAUCGAAGUUACAAGACACUCAGUAUAAUAACUGGGAUGAAUUCCUUCAGGUAGUUGUUUUCGCUUACAAUACAGGCGUUCAUAAAUCAACUAAGUUUUCACCGUAUGAACUUUUAUAUGGUGGUCCUGCUCGUUUACCUUUUCAUAGACAACCUACGCAAUUUACAUUUGAUAAACCUGUUGAUUAUUUCGAACAAUUAAAAAAGACCUUACGUAUAUUUCAUCAAGCAUCUAAAGAUAAUAUCUUACUUCAACAACAAGCAACAAAUAUCUAUUAUAAUCGACAUCGGUGUAAUCCUGAAUUAAAAUCAGGGGAUAAAGUUCUAACUCGUGUUUAUGGAUCGAAAGGAAAAUUAGAUCUCAAAUUUUCAUCUAUACCUAAAGUUGUUGUUGAAGUUCACCAUCCAAUAUACGUAGUAGAAGAUGAAAGUACACGUAUAACAUCACAGAUACACAUAGAUGAUCUUCGACCGACUCUUUCUAAAUAUGCUAUACUAUUUAAAAAAAAAAUAUAUCUAUUAGUAUUUACUUCUUGA